AUGGAAUCACCUCAAGCUGCGCCUGCACUUCAAAUCGACCCGCCAUGGAAACCCACCUACCUUUUCUUCUACGGCUCCCUCAUGGAUCUCGAUGUGCUCCAACAUAUCUUGGGACUCCCUGAUCCCCCGCCCCCUCUGCGGCCUGCAAAGCUAAGAAACUACAAAAUGAAGAUGUGGGGGCCCUAUCCCACCCUCAUUCCCAAUUCGUCUAGCUCCGCUGUUAGCAAAGGAAACGAAAGCGAGGGUGUUGACGAUGCUAUUCCGGGCAAACUCUAUCUGGUCGAACACCCGGCGCAAUUCACGUUACUGGAGAGGUAUGAGACGAACGCUUACACCUGGCAUCGCUGCGUUGCAGAGUUUACAGAUGGUACUGUGUGCACCUCUACGGCGGAGAGCGGGUUCGAGUGUCGGGUAUUUGUCUGGGCUGGAGAUCCUGAUAGCUCAGAAUUAUCUGACGGGCCUGCUUUUGAUCUAGAGAGGUAUCAGAAGUAUUUCAAGCCCAAGUUUUUGAUAAGAUGA